AUGAAUUAAUCUUGGAAGAUUAAUGCCUCUAUUGAGAUUAUUUUAAUGAAAGAUAAAGCUUCUGCUAUUUCUUAGUUAGGUAUAUUAUUAUCAAAAUAAAUUAGGUUAAAUUAAAUUCAUUGACAUUGCAACAGAGCUUUAUGAUUUAUACAAGAACUUUUAAGAUAUUCAAAAAUAAAAUACAAAAUUGUCAUAGGCAAUAAUAAAAUUAAGUAGUGCUAUUACUAAUCUGUUAAGUUUAUUUGGGAAGAAAUAACAAUCAGACGAAUUUGAAAAGGAUUGUUUAAAUGAUCUCAAAAUGAUAUAAUCUAUAAUUAAUAGAGUUACGGUAGAUAUAACAUAAUCUGAAGAUAAGUCAAAUAAUCAAUCAAAUAGUUAAUAGAAUUAAAUUUAUGAAUUGUAAAAAAAAAUUGAAUUUUAGGAGGAUUAAAUCUAAUAAUUGAUAAAGAAUAGUAGUAAAUUAAGUAAUUUAAAUAAUCUACUGUUGUAACAAAAUUACGAAUAAAUUAAUAAUUUUAAUUAACUUCAUUAAAAGUAAACAGAAUAGAAUUAAAAAACGAGUUUUAUCCUUUUCAAGAAUGAAUUAGAAUAAUUAAACAAAAAAAUAUAAGAUGCAACAAACAAAUUUGAAUAAAUUAAAUCUCAAAGUUCAUUGCUCUAAAAUAUGGAGAAUUAAUCUAGAAAUUUAAAUGUCAUUUUAAAGGAUAUACCAAAAAUUUAAGAGAAUCUAAAUAUAAUGAAUAUAACACUAUAAAAAUAUAUAGAUGAAAUAAAAUUGAAUCUGGAAAAAUUAAAUAAGGAGGAAAUCAUUUAAAAUUUAUUAAAAACAAUAAAUAAUAACAGAUUAGGCUUUCAAUAUUUUCAGAGUAUUUUAGGUCAGUUUCUACUGAUUAUUCAAAAUAUAUUCAAGGAGAACAAAAUAGAAAAUGAAAAAAUUUGA